AUGGCCAUGCGAGGGAAACCGUGCACCAAGGAAACUCAGGCGGUGCCGGUCGGGACCCUGGGCCACUGGGGGGUAGAGAUCUUCAUGGUGGCCCCCUCUUCAUCCUUCGACGUGGUGGUCGGGAACGAAAAGAUCUGCGUGACUGUGGAAGAGAUCAAAUCGAUCCCCAAAGAGUAUCGGGACUUGAGGUGGGUGUUCAGUGAGGAGGAAGCCAACAAGCUGCCACCCCACAGGGACACGGACUGCGCUAUCGAACUGAUCCCAGGGCAGGAGGUUCCCCGGGCAAAACUGUACUCGAGGGGGUUUAUCCCUAAAACCUACCAUCGCUUCAUGGUCUUAACUUUCGCAUUUAAUGAAAUCCGUAAGAAUAUACAAGUCUUUCCCAACAUCUCAAUAGAAUACGAUGUGAAUGACAACAUGUUCAAUACAAUGGAAACCAGCGCAAACCUUUUGGAGCGCCUGUCACAAACUCAUGGGAAUUACAACCAUUACAAUUGCUACAGCAAGAAAGCGAUAUCGGCAGUUAUAGGUGCUCUCUUCACCCAGAAUUCAAUUCAGAUAGCCAACGUGUUAACAAACUACAAGAUCCCACAGUUGAGUUAUGGCUCUUUUGAUCCGGUGCUGAGUGACAAAAUCAAGUUCCCUUUUUUCAAUCGGUUGGUUCCAAAUGAAGAGCUUCAGCAUACAGGGAUUGUUCAGCUGCUUAAGCAUUUUGGAUGGACGUGGGUUGGCCUCAUCACAUCCGAUGAUGAGAGUGGAGAAACUUUCCUGCAGUCCCUGAGACCGAGGCUCCUCCAGAACAGCAUUUGUAUUGCUUUUGUGCAAAAGAUGCCAAUGUCGUUGAAAAGAGCUCGUAAUGAAAUAAACAAAGGCAUAUAUGAUUCCCUCCGGCUGAAUGAAGUGAAUGUAAACCUUGUCCACGGGGAUGUUCUGACUAUGGAUCUAUUCCGAAUGAUUCUACAUCUGUAUGAAUCUGAUGACUUUCUUCCAAUGGAGAGGGUUUGGCUCAUAACUGCCCAGUGGGAUUUUACAACAAUGAUUGCAGGAGGCAGCUUCCCUGCACAAUCCUUCAAUGGUACCUUGUCUUUCUCCCUGCAUACAAAUGUUGUGCCGGGACUUGAGGACUCUCUUGACCACAUCAACCCACACUACGCUGAUUUCGCCUACAGGUUCUGGGAAACAGCAUUCGAUUGUACUCUGCUGACGUUUGAACGAGGAAAGAGAAAAUGCACUGAGAGAGAGAAGCUGGUGAGCCUCCCUGGGUCUGUAUUUGAAAAAAGGGUGUCUGGUGAGAGCUACAGUGUCUAUAAUGCUGUUUAUGCUAUAGCACAUGCUCUCCAGGCCCUGCAUUCAUUGACUGCCAAGCGGGCAGCAAGGGGACACCAAGGCAAAAGGAAACUUGGGAACAUUCAGCCAUGGCAGCUGAACGCUUUUCUACGGAAGGUUCGCUUUAACAAUACUGCUGGGGAUGAAAUUUUCUUUGAUGAAAAAGGAGACCUGGUCACAGGACAUGAUAUCAUCAAUACAAUCACAUUCCCCAAUGGAUCCUUCCAGAGAAUCCAGGUUGGAAUGAUGGACCCUCAAGCUCCUGUAGGCCAAGAGUUCAGCCUUAAUGGAAGUGCCAUUGUGUGGAAUCCCAAGUUCAAGCAGGUGGUACCAUUUUCAAAGUGUGUCGAGAGCUGCCAACCUGGAUCCAAUAAGAUUGUUGUGGAGGGAAAAGAAAUCUGUUGCUAUAAUUGCACUCGGUGUCCUGAAGGAAUGAUUUCAGUCCAAGUGGAUGCUGACCAAUGUCAGAAGUGCCCAGAAGAUCAGUAUCCAAAUGAAAAGCAAGAUCAAUGCAUUCCCCGAAGCCUCAGCUUCUUAUCCUAUGGGGAACUCUUGGGAGCAAUGUUGACUUCCUUUGCCAGUUUAUCUUCCUUGACCACAGUCAUGGUGAUGGGGCUCUUCAUUCUGCACUGGGACACGCCCAUUGUCAAAGCCAACAACAGGAGCAUCACCUGCACCCUCCUCACCUCUCUCUUGCUUGGCUUCCUUUCCUCUCUUCUCUUUAUGGGUCAGCCAGGGAAGGUGAUUUGCCUUUUGAGACAAACAGUGUUUGGCAUCACCUCCUGUCUCUCGGUUUCCUGUUUGUUGGCCAAAACCAUCACUGUAGUUCUGGUCUUCAUGGCUACCCAGCCUGGAAACAGCAUCCUGAAAUGGGCAGGGAAGAGGCUGGCAACAUCCGUUAUCAUUCUCAGUUGUCUCAUUCAAACUUCCAUCUGCACUGUGUGGAUCAUCACCUCCCCCCCUUUCCCAGAGCUUGACCUGCACUCCCAGAUCAGUCAGAUUACAGUGCAAUGCAAUGAAGGCUCAGAGAUCAUGUUCUAUGUUGUCCUGGGCUACAUGGGCCUUCUGGCCGUCAUCAGCUUCAUUGUGGCAUACCUAGCCAGAAGGCUGCCUGACAGUUUCAAUGAAGCCAAGCUGAUCACCUUUAGCAUGCUGUUGUUCUGCACUGUGUGGGUGUCCUUCAUCCCAGCCUACUUGAGCACCAAGGGGAGAUACAUGGUGGCCGUGGAGAUCUUCUCCAUCUUGGCCUCUGGUGCUGGUUUGCUGGGUUGCAUCUUCCUCCCCAAAUGCUACAUUAUUGUAGUCAGACCUCAGCUGAACACCAGGGAGCAACUAGUUCAGAAAAAGAAUGGACUCACUUAG